AUGAUUGACUUUUAUAAAUCGUUUGAAAUCAGUAUCCAACCAAGCGAUUUAUUAUCAAUUAGUCAUGAAGAUAAACACGAAGAAAUAGAUUUUAAUUCACUGUUAAUUCAAUUAACAGAAACAACCGAUGAAAAUUUAAUCAAUGAUAUCAUUGGAAAAAUUUGCCUAGCAAAAGAUAAUGAACUAGCUUCAUCUGAAGAAAGUAUAUUUAACCAACAAGUUUUCAUAGAUAAAUUGAAAAUUUUAAUUCAAAAUGUAAUUGAACAUGACAAAAGAUCUAGUUUGGAGAGAAUCCUAUUAUUUCUGCAUAAACUAUGCUCACUGAGUUCGGAAUUCCUUGAUGGCUUUGUCAAUAGUAACGAGUUUGAAAAGAUUAUUUCAAUGCUUAAUUCAAAUAAUGCAGAUCUAGUUCUUAAGUUCAUUAUUAUAAUAGAAAAAUCUUUUCUACAUGCAUCUCCCAUAAUAGCUAAUAUAAUCGAUUUUAAUAUUUUAAAUUCUCUCUAUCAAUCAGAAUUAGAAUAUUUUGUUUUAGGAGUUUACUUAUUUAUGUCAAAUAUAGAUGAAAAUCCACAAAUAUGCACAUACUUUUCACAAUUAAGACCAAAUGAAUCAAAUCUUGCACUUUUUUCCAGAAUAACAUCAAAAUUUAUGCUAGAAAUGAAAGAAUUUACGCAAGAAUUUGCAGAAUGCGUCAAUUCUGUUAUUAUUCUUGCAUCACAUGCUCAUAAUUAUCAUUCCAUUUAUAAAUUAUUAAUUGCAGUUUUUAAGCUUGAAAACAAAGACUUUUCAUCAUUUAUAGCCAGGUCAAUUGAUUAUGCAGCAAUUUUCCAAGAAUAUAUUGAAAUGCAAGAUGAAAUGAGUAUUAUAAACUUCCACAACUUCUUUUUACAUGUAAUUCAAACAUUACUCUGCAAUUCAUUAGAUUUUGGAAUUAAUUUAGAUCAGCUUGCAACCCUAUUUUGCUCACAAGCAUUUAUUGAUAAAACUGUAUAUAUCCUCGAGAAUUCUACUUUCAAAGUCAAAAAUUCAAUUCUAAAACUCAUUAAAUGCUUGAUUAUCUCAAUUGGUGAAGAAUACUCACCAAUAUUUAUACAAAAUAAUUUAAUAUCGUACAUUAUUGAUGAUAUCGAAACAACAGACAGUAAUAACUUAGAAUAUAUUAUAGAAGUAAUAGUAUAUCUUAUUAGAAAAUGCCCUAUUGAAAACCAGAAGAUUCUAUACUUCCAAUUUGAAGAAAAAGAAUUGGACAAAAUUCUAACUUCAUUGGAAUUCGAAAAUUUUAAUGAUGAUAGUUUCAAAUACUAUAUUAUUGACACAAUUAGCAAAUGGAGAGUCUUAUA